AUGUCUUCUCUCAGGACUGUUUUGAACGACUCUCUCAUCAUUCAUCCUCCGGGCUUCUAUAUCAUCGGAUUUGAGACAUUUCCCUUCAUCGGUGUCUACAUUAUCUUUCUCACGUUUGUCUAUGUGGUUACAUUAGUGUUCAAUAUUUUAUUGAUCUACAUAAUUGCCCGUGACGACUGCUUACACACUCCUAAAUUUCUGGCUGUCAUCAACCUCGCAGUCAUUGAUGUAAUCUUAAACACAAGCACUAUUCCCAGCAUGAUUAAGACAUUCCUCUUUAAAGACAACUUUGUUCCAUUCAACCUCUGUCUGUUACAAAUGUUUGUCUACUAUGCUGUUUUAUCUCUGGAGUCAUAUGCACUCGCUAUACUUGCCUAUGACAGGUUGAUCGCAAUAUGUUUCCCUCUGCGUCAGAACUUAUUCAACACUGUGCCGAUCAUGGGGUGUAUUGUGGGCUUGACUUGGGUUUACAGUCUGGGAAGAGUAGCGUACAGCACGGCGAUCAUAACUCGACUGUCUUUUUGCAGUUCUGUCAGAGUGUUCAGCUAUUUCUGUGACUAUGCGCCUGUGUUUAGACUCGCCUGUAAUGAUUACACAUUGCAGUGGUCAGUAGCUUCAGCCUCUAGUAUGGUGAAUCUGAUGGCCCCUUUCACUUUUAUCAUUCUGUCUUACGUCAGCAUCCUGGUCACUGUGUUUAGGAUGAAGUCAGUAAGCAGCAGGAUGAAAGCUCUCGCCACUUGCAUUGAGCACCUAGUCCUUGUUGCCGUAUUUUACAUUCCUAUAUUCAGCAUAUUCUUAAUGGGGCUUUAUGUGCGAUCCAUUGACCCGGACCAGCGUGUGCUGAGCCUGUCGCUGGCCUCUUGCAUCCCACCCUGCAUCAAUCCUAUUGUAUAUUCUCUGAAGACCAAAGAGAUUAAAACCAGAGCCCUGGCACUGGUCCAUAGAAUGAAAACAAGCCCUUGA